AUGGAUCCCAUGUAUGAGAAGCCAUCGGAAAUAGUUGGGACUCCUCAUCCAAGGUCGGUUCAUUGCUAUUGCGCUUUCCACGAGUCGAAGGGGCAUUGCACAGAGACUUGUAGGUCCUUGCGAGCCUUGAUUGAAAAAUUCAUUGAGAACUGGAAGUUAGUCCAUUUCUUGGCAAGUCAGCGGGGCCAGCAAGGGUUUGGCCAGAACCCUCAACCCGAAGAACAGAGGAGCCAGCCCCUGAGGUAUCGGGAAGAACCCAGGGAAAGGAUGGAGCGUCCCCGGGAAUGCGAUAGGGAGCCUAUUUAUUCUGUCCAGAGACCGCCAAAAAUGAGGAAGUACGAGGAUCAAAUCAUCGGCUUCUCGAACGAGGAUUUCGUCGGGGUCUCACUCCCACACUCGGAUGCUUUGGUGGUGACUUUAGCUAUCGCCAACCAUAAUAUACACAGAGUUCUUGUCGACACCGGAAGUUCCGCCGACAUAAUAUACAAGUCAGCUUUCGAGUUGAUGAGCAUAGAUCAAGGUAAGGUGGUCCGGACAAUGGGUCCCCUAGUCGGCUUUUUUGGAGAGCAGGUCCUCCCGAUGGGAGCUAUUGAGCUCCCAGUCAUGGCGGGAACCAGCCCCCGGAAGAAGACAAUUAAGGUGAAAUUCCUAGUUGUGGAUGGGCGGUCGGCUUACAACGUCAUACUGGGAAGGCCAGCUUUGAAUGACCUGGGGGCCAUAACCUCAACCCGACAUCUGUGCAUGAAAUUCCUGACUGACUUAGGAGUCAGAGUAGUCGAAGGAGACCAGAAUUCGAAAUUGGAGGUCUAG